UAUGCGGGGAUUUUUGAGCCUUGCUAAGACUAUUGUUUAUUCAUCCUCAAUUAUUAAACCUACCUAAUAGAUAAAAAUGCAGUUUCGAUUGUAUAGAUAUAUUCAUAUGUAAGGGCAAAUCAAAAAUUGGCAUCUUAAUUCAAAUUAUGUUCCACCAUUCAAAUUUUAAGAAUGAUCAAUUUACAAGGAGUUUGUUCCAAUUCAUAAUUAGAAGAAGCAGAUGGUAUUUAAUAAAUCUUGAUAAUUAGAACAAGAUUUGGAAUCAACCAUUUCCAAACUACUUUCAGUAACCCUAAAAAGCAAUACCAAGAAGCAUCAAUUCAUAACUAAAUGAUAU